CACGUGAGCGAGGUUGGCACCACAAAUCUCUCAAGACUUUGGGAAAACAAAUCAGAGAAAAGCGAAGUGGCUUCCUGGUGAAGAAGAAUGACCAUUGCCAAGCUUCCCCGCUUUUGAUAGCUUGAUUAUUUGUUGUUAAGAGAAGAUAAAUGGCUGCCCUGGCUUCUCCCUCCCUUAUCCCCUCUUCUCUCCGCUUCGCCGCCGCCCCCGAUGUUCCCCCCUCCCUCUCUUCUAAUUUCUCGGCCUUUUCCGACGGCGGUACCAGUCUCCGGUAUCACAAGAGCUUUUUAUCCGUUUCAUCUUCUUCGCCUUAUCGAAAUCGACGGGGAUUCUCUCGCCGUUCCGUCGUCGUGUUUGCUGCUUCCGGAGACUACUACGCUACUCUCGGUGUGCCUAAAUCUGCUAAUAGCAAGGAGAUCAAAGCAGCGUAUCGACGCCUGGCUCGUCAGUACCAUCCCGAUGUGAACAAGGAACCUGGAGCAACCGAUAAGUUCAAGGAAAUCAGUGCUGCCUAUGAGGUGCUAUCAGAUGAGCAAAAGAGAGCAUUAUAUGAUCAAUAUGGUGAAGCCGGAAUCAAGAGUCCAGUAGGAGGAGCUUCUGGUACUUACACGACAAAUCCCUUUGACCUCUUUGAGACAUUCUUUGGUGCGAGUAUGGGUGGAUUUCCCGGGAUGGACCAAGCUGAUUUUGGGAGAACCCGCCGCAGUAGGGCUACCAAAGGGGAAGAUUUGCGUUAUGACAUCACGUUAGAACUGUCAGAGGCCAUUUUUGGAUCUGAGAAAGAAUUUGAUCUUACGCAUCUGGAGACAUGCGAAGCUUGUGCUGGCACCGGGGCAAAAGCAGGAUCCAAGAUGAGAAUAUGCUCUACUUGUGGUGGGCGGGGUCAAGUUAUGAGAACUGAGCAAACACCAUUCGGGUUGUUUUCACAGGUUUCUGUAUGUCCAAAUUGUGGUGGAGAUGGUGAAGUAAUUUCUGAAAAUUGCCGGAAAUGCUCUGGAGAAGGACGUGUGCGUAUAAAAAAAAGCAUCAAAUUAAAAAUUCCUCCUGGAGUUAGCGCAGGCAGCAUCCUUAGAGUUGCCGGGGAAGGUGAUUCUGGUCCCAGAGGUGGACCUCCAGGAGAUUUAUAUGUAUAUCUUGAUGUUGAAGAUGUCCGGGGAAUUCAAAGGGAUGGGAUAAACCUUUUAUCUACCCUUUCGAUCAGUUACCUUGAUGCUAUAUUGGGUACGACUGUUAAGGUGAAAACUGUUGAAGGAGACACUGAACUGCAGAUACCUCCGGGUACUCAACCUGGUGAUGUGCUGGUCCUGGCAAAGAAAGGUGCACCAAAACUGAAUAGACCGUCCAUCCGCGGUGACCACUUGUUUACUGUCAAAGUUACUAUACCAAAUCAAAUUAGUGCUGGAGAGCGGGAGUUGCUGGAGGAACUUUCUUCUCUGAGUGAUACAUCUAGCAACCGGCAACGAACUCGUGCUAAGCCUCAGCAAUCCACUAGUCUAUACAGUGCAGCCAGUAGCUCAGAAAACAGGACAAAUGAAGCUACGGAGAAAAACCAAGAACCGGAGCAAGAAAACGACUUGUGGAAGAACAUCAAAGAUUUUGCAGGGUCGGUCGCGAAUGGAGCUCUGAAGUGGCUGAGAGAUAACCUUUAGAGAUCCAUCUUCAACUAACAUGGCCUGUUUUCUCCGCUGCAUUCGUGGUAGCAAUGUGGAAAUGUUCAUUGUUUCAUUUGUUAAUCUGAGGGUCUUUUGCAAAAAAAAAAAAAACUCUUUUUUCCCCCUUUUUUCCGUUCAGUUUGGUAAAUGACAAUAAUGAAGUAAUUUUGAUUUGAUGAUGCACAGAUUCUGGUCUACGUACACCUACUCCUUAUACAGUAUUAGUACAAAUACAACCGGUUUUUCGA